ACCUGAUCAUCUUCGUUCAAUUCGAUCAACCAACAACAUCUACAGUAGCAGCAGCAUGGAGAACAUCUGUCUGCGCUCCAUCUUCCAUUUGACUUGAGAGCUCGUGAUACUACAUGCUCGAUAAAUCGCUUUGUCAGUAGCACUGCAGAGCCUGGUUAGAUAUGGCGUCUCAGGGAGAGCACACCCGGUCACGGGUGACAGGGUACCUCAUCUAUUUGGUCCUGAUCACCACGUUGGGGCCUUUGCAAUUUGGAUAUCACCUGGCUGAGCUUAAUGCACCCCAAGUAGUGAUUACCUGCGAGAAAAAGAGCAUCACCUCGAAAUUCAAGUCCGCCCCGAAGCUCCCACAAUGCAUUCCGAUGAACCCAGCCCAAUUCGGUCUUGUCUCGUCCAUCUACACGCUCGGAGGUCUCCUGGGAGCCCUGUUGGCAGGGCCAAUUUCCACAAAAUACGGACGACUGUUUGCCCUACGAGCCACGACGGCUUUCUUCAUUCUCGGGCCCGUUGCAGAGACCCUUGCCCCCAGCAUUCCUGUGCUGAGCGUUGGAAGAUUGCUGUCCGGGGUUGGCUCUGGAGCUGCCAUCGUCGUUGGUCCCAUCUACAUAUCAGAGAUUGCCCCUCCCGACAAGAAGGGCCUUUUUGGUGCCUUUACGCAGAUCAUGACCAAUGUCGGUAUCCUCCUGACGCAGAGUCUCGGAUUCUUCCUUAGCAGAGAUAGUAUGUGGAGGAUUAUCCUUGCAAUUGCGGGCAUUGUCGGGACCGUGGAGCUUCUAGGUCUUUUCUUUGUCCCCGAGAGCCCGACUUGGCUGGCAGGACAUCAGCAUCCCAACCUAGCAAGGAAAGUGCUCCAGCGGAUCCGCGGGAAGGAUGCAGAUAUUGGAGAGGAAGCCAGGGCAUGGAAGGUCGACACUGCACCCGAAGACAGCUCUGCUGAAGAGCAGUCUCUUCUAACACCACCAUCGGGCAACAUUCCCCCCAGAAAUCCUCCGGUUUCCAUUGUUGGGGCCGUGAUGAAUCCCACUCAUCGCCCUGCAAUUAUUGCAGUAGUCGGCGUGAUGAUUGCUCAGCAGUUCACUGGUAUCAACAGUAUUGUCAUGUACAGUGUCUCUCUGCUGCAGAGCAUCCUCCCUACCACAGCUGCCUUAUUGGCGGUGAUCAUCUCAGCCCUGAAUCUAGUGGUCACACUCGCAUGCGCCCCAUUGCCGGACAAGAUUGGCCGUAAAAGAUGCCUCAUGCUCAGCAUUACGGGCAUGGGUUUCAGCUCCAUCCUGCUUGCGCUUGGCAUUUCAUUCGGUCAGAAGGCUAUCUCUGCCAUAGCCACCUUGCUGUUUGUCGCAUGCUUUGCCGUCGGACUCGGUCCAGUUCCAUUCAUUCUAGCCUCAGAGCUCGCCGGACCCGAAGCCGUUGGGGCAACACAGAGCUGGGCUUUGGCCAGCAACUGGAUCGCCACCUUUGUCGUGGCGCAGUUCUUCCCUGUUCUCAAUGACGCUCUCGGCGGUCGCGGUAGGAUCUACUGGAUUUUCGCAGCAAUGUCUGCUCUGCUGGGGGCUUUCAUCUUCUGGUGGGUCCCAGAGACUAAGGGGAGAGCCAAUGCAGACGAGGUAUGGGGAAGACAAGAGAGAAGAGUCGACUAAGCUAUUUUAUUUUAUUGUUAUGCUGGGACUAGUAUGUGUACACAUCAUCCCACCACUCCGUUUGCUAGAGGUGAAUGUCUCUGGUAGCCUCCCUCAUCUCUGUAUAAGUCCUUGUAGUCAACAGAGGCUGGUCCGCAAGAGGAAGUCUUUUGGUUAGACAUCCACCACCUAAGAACCGUCGUUAAUAUACCAUGUGUCGCGUUUGCUAAGACUUCCGAGUUUAACUUCUUCAAUGAUCAAUUCAAGAAAUCUACCAUGUCAAUGGAGAAGAUACUAAAGCAUCCGACUAGAUAAAUACAGGCAACUACAUUGAUAAUCACUUGUCACACUAGUAUCGAAUGAACUUGAAGACAACGGGCUCUGUUUGACGUUCCAUAAUAUACACCCACUGUACAGUGGAAGCGAGCUGCAGACUGCUGCUAC